AUGUCUACGUUAAGAGUGGCGCUGGUGCAGUUAAAAGGACAGCCGACAAAGAAGGAAUGCAUUGCCAACGCGGCGGCGCAAGUUCGACUGGCGAAGGACAAGGGUGCCCGGUUGAUCAUUCUACCAGAGUGUUUUAAUUCGCCCUACAGCACGGCGGAGUUUGCCCACCAUGCGGAAGAAAUCCCGUCCGGUGUCACUAGCCAGGCAUUGGCCAAGCUGGCGGCCGACCUGGGCAUCUAUCUGGUCGGUGGAACGUAUCCGGAGCGCGAAGGAACCAAGCUGUACAACACCUGUCCCGUGUUUGGUCCGAAGGGUGAGCUGCUGUGUCGGUAUCGUAAGAUGCACCUGUUCGAUAUGGACAUUCCGGGCCAGUGUACGUUUCGCGAGUCGGACGCAUUGACCGCCGGCGACCAACUGGCGACGUUUACCAUCGGGACGCUCAAUAUUGGCCUGGGCAUAUGCUACGACAAACGGUUCCCGGAGUUGACGGCCUGCUACCGCCAGCUCGGGUGCGAUAUGAUGAUCUUCCCAUCCGCCUUCGACCCUUACACCGGCCCGCUGCACUGGGAUCUACUCGGCCGAUCCAGGGCCCUCGACAAUCAGAUGUUUGUGGCAUUGGUGUCUCCGGCUCGGGAUCCAACAACGGAAUACGUUGCCUACGGUUACUCGCUCCUGUGUGAUCCCUGGGGAAGAGUCCUCUGUCGAGCGAAGGAAUCGCAGGAAACGAUCAUCACAGACAUUGAUUUGAAAGUCUGCGAACAGAUCAAACGUCAGAUUCCGAUUUUGAAUCAGAAACGCAACGACAUUUACCAGCUGCUCACGAAGAAGUAAUUAGCCACCGCCAUCGCAUAACCUUCGAGCGGCGCCUUCAAAAAUAAAAGCGUCCGAUACACACCACAAUGUUUAGCGUUCGAACCAACCAACCGUCCGCCCUGUCUGGAAGGGCAAAAGUGUUUCCUGCACCGUUGUUUAUGGCGCUUCUUUUCGUUCGGAUCCGUUCGGAUGACUUUUCCACUUCACUGGGCACCUUGGUCAUACGACCUGGUAAAUGUGGCCACGAAUAAGCGAUCGCUGGACCACUCGGUAUCUGCAGAGGUACAAAGACGUG